AUGGCGAGCUCCUCAGGGUCAUAUUUUGACCCUUCCCGCAUGUCCAAAGCAGCAGCCCAACAGUACUCUUCGUCCGAUUCAGAUUCCGAUGACGAGCGCCUUUUGCCUGGUGAGGACCACGACGAUUUUGGCGAUUUUAAUCCGCGAAAGAGACGACGACUCGGAGGCAACAAUAAGGAACGUGCCGCGCUCGGUAUUUUCGGGUCUGACAGCGACGAUGGCGGCCCAGCGUCAAAGUGGAAGCGGAAAACGCUACGAAACAAGGCUAUGAGCUUUGUAAAAACGACGGCAGAUGAGCCCAAAGUCAAAGAGAGUGACGAUGACUCCGAAGAUGCUCGACCGAUGCUAGGCAACACAGUGCAAGACGCCGAAGACGAAGAGGAAAGUGACGAGGACGCAUCCGCUGGCGUCGGCUUAGGAUUUGGCCAGAAGAUGGUAUGGAACAAAGCUAGCGCAGUCAAUCGUGAUGGAGAAGAUGAAGAGACGGAGAAAGUCAAUCGACCAAGCUUUGCGACCAGUUUUCAAGGCGGCGGAGUCUUGGGAGUUGGGUUUGUUCCGUCCUCUGCGACUGAACCUGUGUUGAAGGAGCCACAAGGCAAGGCCAGCCAGCCGCCGCCACCGCAAAAUAAGCCACAACCAAGUGCCUUUGGCCCAAAGGGCAAAAUCAAUGCGAAAUCUUUUGGUGCUCGAAUGAUGGCCAAGAUGGGAUACGUUGAGGGCAAGGGUCUUGGUGCGGAAGGGCAGGGGCGAAAUGUCAUCAUAGAAGCAAAUCUCCGACCGCAGGGAGUUGGCCUUGGUGCUGUGCAAGAGAAAUCUGCGCAAGAAAAGAAGGAAGAGAAACGUCAAGCCCAACUGCGGGGAGAAAUAGUCAUCGACUCGGACGAGGAGGAAAAGAAUCGGAAAGCCAAGGCCAAAGCCCGGAGAAGGGGCCUCACAACAACGACCAGUAGUGGCGGCAGCACACCCAGACGACAAAAAACGAAAUAUCUCACCGCUGACCAGAUUCGUACCGCGGCGCCUGGCAUGCACAUUCCCGAAGCAUUUGCGCCGAUCCUUGACAUGACCGGCCCCGGGAGUCGGAUGUUAACGUCGACGAGCGGAAUCAUGACACCGACAUCCGGAGAAGUUGAGUCCAGAGAAGUCAUCGAAUCCAGAAAGCUGGUGAAACGAGCUCAAGCGGACUUGAUGGCCUUUACCGAGGAAUGGAGAAGCCUCGAGGAGCGCAAGAAGUGGAUUGAUCUGGAACUUACCGAAAGAGAAAAGGAGGUUGAAGAACUGCGUGUUGAUUUUGCACGACUGAAAGCGUUUUCCACCUUGGUCAUAGGCCGAAUUACAACAGCCGCAACAUUCGAAGAGGUUAUGGCGGCACUCGACGAGGUGGAAGAUUUGAGCUCAACUGUGCCUGAAGUGGCGGAUAUUAUCGUUGCUGCUAUACAUCCCUUUUUCAGGGACUGGGAUCCAUUGAAAGAACCCGGCAAGUUUGCGACGGAGCUCACGGGACUGACAGGCAUUCUCGUGGGCCAGGACCAACAAAAUGGCGCCAUCAAUAGAAACGGCAACACAAUCCGCGACGACCAAGGCGUUUACCGGCGGCACAAGAAAGGGACGAGCGCUUACGAGACGCUCAUGUACAAGAGCUGGCUCCCACAGGUCCUCGCCGCCGUCCGUAGCUGGGAUGCCAUCACGCCCGGGCCACUCCUCGAAGUUAUAGAGAGCUGGGAUGCGUUGCUCCCGCCGUUUGUGCGCGCGCAGGCCAUGGAAGGCAUUACGCGCAAGCUGGACGCGACCCUCUCCGACUGGAACCCGCGCGUGGCCAAGCAAAGCCACCAGUUGCCGCACAUGUGGCUCUUUCCGUGGCUGCCGCACCUGCCAGCCUACCACCUGGACCCGCGCGGCACGGGUCUCGUCUCGGACGUGCGGCGCAAGUUUCGGCAGCUCAUUGACGCGUGGGACUAUGCGCGCGGCGUCGUGCCCGGGCUAGCGCAGUGGGAGGCGGUGCUUGGGACACAGUGGCGGCCGCUACUUGUCGCCCAUGUGCUGCCCGCCAUGGGCCGGCACCUCCAGCGCCACUUCCGAGUCGAUCCGGCCGACCAAGCGCCAUACCUGCCUGCGCUGUCGGGUGCUCUCCGCUGGCGCGCAGUCCUGGGCGACGCCGUGCUCGCCGAGGUGCUCGCGCAGCACCUCUUCCCCAUGUGGCACCGCAAGCUGCAAGAGUGGCUGGCGCUGGAUGAGGUCAACCUGAGCGAGGUCGCAGACUGGUACGCCUGGUGGCGCAACGUGGUGCUCAAGGACCUCGUGGGCGCGUCCAGGAGCGUGGGCAUAGAGCUGGACCGUGGCCUACGGAUAAUGAACAUGUGUCCACAAGUGAGCGUUCCCUUCCAAUUUGUCAAGUAUCAAAGGAAGGGACUGAAUAAACGUAUACUUGGUAAGCAGUUGGCCUGCAUUCCACUCCUUGAUCGCACACUAGAGACGGAUAUUGAUAUUGCGUUGCAACGUGAGGAGUUGUGCCCCUGGUGCCGAGUACUGGGCACCCAUCAGGCGGCCAACCUACUACCUCUUUCGACGCCCAACCCAGAGCUUUUGAUGGACGGGAGCUUAAUCUUUACAAGUACUAGUUACUUGGGGACGAUAUGCAUCCCGAGCCUCUUCAGCACAAGAAAUCCCGAGUAUCGCCGUCAGCAUCGCAAGCUCCUUGUGGCGGAGCUCAUGAUGGGCUUCCGUCUCCGAGCCGUGCUCGAGGCAGCCAUGCGGCUGUACAACGCACCACCGUUGAUGCUACCACGCGUUCUGCCGCGUGCGGCGUGA